AUGGACCCCACGACAGCACCUCAGUUGCACACCGACAGUGCUAGUGACUAUGGUUCCGACAUCAGCCUGAGCCCUGCGCAGAGUAAAUAUGGCUCGGAGUUCGACCUUGAGGAAGCGGCACUCAUUGGCAAUCUGCUCACACAAAUCGCCGCUACAGCUCCAACAAUAGAGGGCAAUGAGGCCCAGGUGGGGGAAUGCCUGGACCGCCCAUUUUCACGCCGCCCUUUGGUCGAGGUCGAGUACGACAGCCUCUCGAGCAAAGCUUGGAGUGUGCCGAAGGAAGAUGCUCGGCCUGAUGAGCAAACUGAGCUAGCAAAAGCUAACCCGGGGCAGUCCAAAGGUGACACUGAAGACGACACUCGAUCCCCUCUCGAGCGUUUUCGGACGCAGCCCAUGAAACCCCUGUCAGUAACAGACCUGGUGUCGCCAGCUUGGUGCGAACUCCAAUACUGGUACAUCCUCACCAAAUUCGGGCGGAAGCCGCGAACGACGGCGAUGAAGAAAGGCUCUGAAGUGCAUAGAGUCUUGGAAGAGCAAGUGCACGAGAUCAGGUGGGUCCAGGUCAAGUCCAAGGAAGACAGAUUUGGGUUGAAAAUAUGGAACACGAUACAAGGACUCCGGACGCUUAAGGAAACCGGCUUGACGCGCGAAUUGGAAGUUUGGGGCAUCAUUGGUGGCCAAGUCGUGAACGGUAUCAUUGAUGAAAUAUCGUACAUGUGCCCAGAUACAGAUCUCGAGGAAUCCCCGGAAAAGUCAAAGGUCGAGAAAGCAGGUGGUACGCUUCCUCUUGGCCGGCCCAGCAUCGCGCAGGGUUUCAAUAACAGCGGUAAUAAUCCGAGCGCUUGGGUCGGCUCAUUGAAGCCCGAACGAUUGGUAUACAUCGCGGACAUCAAGACACGCGGAGGGAAAUCCGUCCCAGCAAGAACGUCCCUUCGGCCAACCUGGAUGCAGUUGAUGCUUUACCGAAAAUUACUUGAAGAUUUGGCGCUCAAUGUAGUGGAUGGAGAGACGGUAUUUGGGCGGUACGGCCUCGACCCACUGGAGCCUUUUACUGAAGUUUUCAUGCUUGAGGUGGGCAGCCUAGGCACUCUAGAGACCAUUCCGGAGGGUAAGAACGCUUUCGGUAUCCUACAGGCAUCGGAAAUUGAGUGCCACGGGAAUUUGUCCGCUCUCUGGAGUUUGAUGAUAUCUGAGUUUGGAAGGUCUAUUGACACUUUCAGCGACGUCCUCCGCGCCGAGUUUCGCUCGUCUAAAACCGGUGAACUUAUCGGCAGUGAGUUUACUAUUUAUGAUGCGUCAGUCAUAGAAAAAUAUACAUUAGAAGAACUGAGCUGGUGGAAAGGGGAACGAGAAGCUAAAGGUGUGGAAAUCGAGGAAGCGUACAAGUGCAAGGUGUGUGAUUUUGCAGAGACAUGUACUUGGAGGAAGCUUAAGAUCCAGGAAGCCACAGAGAAGCAUAGGCUUCGUGGCACUAUGAAGAGAAAGUUAGCUGUCUGA